AUAUUUACCCGGGGUCCGUACUUGCUUUGAAUUCUGGAAGAUCGUUGAGCGUUGUAGUCUUUUUCCUCAGGAUGUGCAAGUCUUGUGCAGGAUGCGUUCGCGUGCUGAUGAUUGUGUUUAACAUCCUGUUUACAGUAAGUGCUUUUGUAGUGUAUUAUAACAAGUAAUAACUUAUGUUCAUAUUGUUUAGAACCAUCAAAUCUUAUUUUGGGGAAACCUCUAUAGAAAAGUUUGGGAAAAUGGCUCAAAAACCCCAAAAUAGGGAGUUUGGCAUUGAAAACUAGUCAUGAUCUAAUGAACUCAGGACCUUUGUGGCCACAGUGUUUCAGUUUGUAGACAUAUCCUAACUUAAGUUAGGAGGGUCACAAUAUUGCCUUUCUGAACCCUUAUAAUUUAUUCUGACCUCAAUGUCAACUUUUUUCUAACGUACCGGGGACAUCACAUUGGAUGAAAAGGUUUGGUACUGGUGUUGAUUAUCUUGUCUGGAUAAAUAUGGUGGUUUUUAAGAGUUCUUAUUUAGACUACUUACUUGCAGCUGCGCAGUAGGGACUCUGUGUACAUACUCGUACAAAUGUAUGGUACACCGAAAGUUUUACAUGUACAUGUACUAAUAUAACUAAAUGUUUUGGUGUGAUUGUAACCUGGGGUAAUUUUGAACGAUGGUUGAUUAGGCUUGAAAGUAUGCACCAACUUGUCAAGGCUAAAAAGGGUCGCAAAUCAGUCUGAGUAGCUGUGAUUAGCAUAAGGGACUACACCACGAACUGACGUCAGUUAUAAUUCGCAAAUGCUACUUAGCCAUAUGGAUAAAUGGGUUUUCGCCAAAACCCAAGGCAUGCUAUUCUUAGUCAUAUUGGUUUGUCCAUACAUUAUGGUCUUAUCCUUCGUGUUCCUAAGACUAAUUUUCACCCAAUCAAUCGUUAAGUAGAUCAUUUUCAUCUACCAAAAUGGGGUACUACUGGAAGUGGGCGACAUUAAGACAUCUACCAGAGUCAUAUUGCUUAUUUUAACAAGACUGCAUUAAUAGUGUUUUAUAAAAGUCCCAAGGAAAAAUACCUUAUGAAUCAUGGUUGCAUUGGAAGCCACUUACAAGGUCUUAUGCGAGAUAUUUUGGGUCUCAAAUUUACAUCCAGGCGGCGUUAUGUAUAUCUGGAUUUGAAUCUAAGUUUAUAAUUGAAAACUUUCGCAUUGUUUUCUUUUGAGAAACUUCAGUAGCAUCUAGUAAAUUAGGGUUUUGGGAUUUCAGAUCGCAGUAGAUUUCUAAAAGGAACUGGAAAGGCCUAUUCGAUGAAAGUUCCCAAUCAUCUAACAGUGGUUGGUCAACAUUCUCUCAAACUAACCUUCUUAGUUAUCUUAGAGUUUAUGAUAAAGUUUAUGAGGAAACCCACAAAUGCUAAGGGAUAUUUGCUCAAGUUGCUGCCGUCUUUAAGUGCUAGCUUCGAGACUAAACCUAACUUAUGAAUUGUUAGGUAAGUAGUGGAAAAUGUUUAUCUCAAUUACAGUGGGUCAUGAUAGCGUUUGGCGAAAAGGCACUACUUCCAACCAAACUCUAGUAUUUUAAAAGCCUUAAAGUUUACGCUCACUACAAUAUUUUGGCCGUCAUCCCAAUAAUAACCAUUCUUCAGAGAAACUAAAUUGCUACGAUUUUUUACAAGUUUAUUAAACUUUAUUUCUCGAGAUGUGAUGGACUCGAAUUAUUCCCUUACAAAUAAUUCAUUUAGUCUAUAACUGCUUCAACACACCACUAAAGGGAUAAAUCAUAGGGAUGAUUGUUUUAUCCGCUGCUUUGUACUUCUACUUUUCAACAUUCGGGGUUAGAGGUACUGAUCAGCACAAUAUAUUGGCUUAUACUUAUAUCGUUCUGGCUGCUAUUGGGGCUCUGAGCUUUGUAUUGGGAAUAUUAGGUUGUUGUGGCUCAUAUCACUAUAGUCGAUGUUUGUUGGGCUUUUAUUUUGCUCUGUUACUGGUUAUUUUCGCCAUCGAAAUUGCUAUUGGCGUAGCUGGGUUCGUCCAUAGAGAACAGGCACGUGCAAUUAUCCACGAAACACUUAAAGAAGGUGUUGAAGAUUGGAAAAAUUCCAACAAUGAAGUUCGAUGGAUGGAUGCAAUCCAUGUUAUGUUCCAAUGUUGCGGUUACAAUGGACCUACAGACUAUGGUAUUGCUAAAGUCCCUUCUUGUUGUUUAAAUGAUCAAUGUGCUAUGGAUUUCGCUUUGCUCAGUUUUCAGACGGGUUGUAAAGAAAGAAUUGACAAUAUUAUGCAUAAUUUCCUAAUCAUAUGUAUCUCGGUUAUUACAAUAGCCCUCAUUGAGCUGAUUGGUUUGAUAUUUGCAAUGACUCUUUGUUGUGCUGUGAAUGGUCGUGAUCCAAACGCUUAUUAUCGUGCAGUACAAACAGCAUAAAUUGAUUUUUUUUAAAAAACACUCGACUAACCUAACCAAUCUUUAAAUAAUUGAGAAUUUCCAAACAUGCAGUUCUCCUAUAUGUUUCCACGAUCCUAUUCAUUAUGAUUAUAUAAUUCCAACUUUGUAUUGUUCAUCUAUUUCAGAAAUAACAAUGAAUAAUGUAAUUUAGUAUAUGUAUUUAUAAUCUACUUGUUCAUUUCUACGCAUACAUAUUUACAAUAAUCAUCCAAUCAUUUCAUAUGAGUUGUCUUUUUUCUAUUGUGUAUCUGAGCGAGAGAUUUUUCCUCUUUCUCUCUUUCACCUUCGAAUGACCAAUUUCAUUUUCACACAAUCUUUAAUUAAUCCUGUCACACAACACAGUGGUACUCUGUGUGUGUGUGUGUUUACUCAUAGUUACACUUCUUUUUUCUCUCAUUGUCACCAUCAUCUUCGUUAUUUUUAUUCGAUACAUAUAAGGAAUACUUCACGAAUGACACAGAAGUAAAAUUGUGAAAUUUAACACACACCCACACACACAACACCUAUGGUUGUAUCGUAAUAAAAAUACAUUUGUUAUACUGAUUUUUUUAUAAAAGAAAUCUGCCCAAUUUUUACAUUCUUCUCUUAGAUUCUGUAUCAGUUUCUCAUGUUCCAUGAAAAGUUGUUGGAAUUUUUUAAAAAUUUUCCUAACGGUCAUUGUUUCUUCUUCGAGUACUGUGUAUGUGUGUGUGUGAGAGAGAGAAUAUUCUACUACCGGGUAGACAUGUUUAUUCUUUUAAGAAAUGAUUAUUACUAAUAUUCCAUCAUUGUGUAGAUAACCAUUUAUGUGUAAUUCACCGUUGUCUUAUACUUCUUCAACCGGUUAUUUUGAUCAUUUCAUUAAUGUCAUGAAUCUAUCAACAAUUUCACCAUUGUGCUGUGUGUAGUGUUCUGUCAUUUGUCAUGUUGUUGCUUUUUUAAUAUUCGUAUGUGUAUUUUUGUAAUUUAUAAAAAUGAAUUUUGUUCCAUUUUUAUAAACUUUUCAGUACAUAGUAACAUCAUAUUUGUUUUACACACUUGUCUUGAUCAUUUGUCACAUGGACAUUAAUAAUGAUCUAAUGGGAAUAUAUUUAUUCAUCUUCUGGAAUUUUUUUCGUUUUGAAUGAUGAAUUACAUGAAUUCGUCAUUGGAAUAGAUCUAAUCAUUCUGUGUUUGUUCAUUGUUGUAUUACUAUAUAGAUAUAUGUAUUUGUUAGUUUUGCUUCAAUGAUGAUAAUGUUCUCAUUCUAGUAUUCUGCGUACACAUAUAUUAUAUGAAGUGGUCUUUUUUUAAAAAAAAUAUUGUUCAUCAAUUACCAUCUCAAAAUAUACAACAAAUUUCAUACAGUGUGCACUUGUUUUUUUAAAUGUUUGUUUAGUUGUUUUUUUAUUCAAUGCUGUGUGAUGUGAUACAAAUCAGAGUGUGUGUAUGUGUGUGGCUCUAAGCAAAUGGGGUCAGUCAGCUACAACGUAGGACCAAUUUCGUGGAUUGGUUGAUGUUAGACACUAUCACCAUUGGAUACCGGCUCAGUGGCCCAGUAGGUUAAGCAUCUGCGCAUUACUGAGGAGUCCCACUAUAGGACGAAACGGCCGUCCAGUGCUUCCAGGUUUCCAAAGGUGGACUAACGGUUCAUGAUGUCAAUCAUAAAUUACAACAGAUUUUAAAUUAAAUUGAAUUUAUAUUUCCACUGAAGUCAUGGAUUCCAACUAUCUUUUAUAGAAUUCAGGAAAAGAAUUGUAUCUCGGUCUGACGCUACUUGUAGUUUAAUGUUAUAAUUCUCUGAAUCCGAUAAUGUGAUUGUCACCCUUAUAUAAAUUACGUACCGAUGUGAUGUCCAAAACGGCACUGAAAUGUAUACAAUUAGAUAAAAACUCUUUAAGAUAUAAUAUGACAAUCAAUUAUAAAUGAAGUACAACACUGAAAACGUAUAAACUUUGAGUGUUAUAAAAGGAAAAGGGUGACUAAGAGAUUUACUGGUGAGAAUCCUGGUAGGCUCAUCGAUUACGUGGAAGAAUAACUAUCUGGCAUACGAUUAGUGACUGUGAUCCUAAAACUUUCGUAAUCAGAGGUUCAGUCCACAAUACUUACGCCUAUUAUCCCUCAUGAAGGAGUAUAGUCUACCCAACAGCACUCUCCAUUCAAUCCUGUCCUGGGCAAUCCUUUCCAGUUGCUAUUCAUCCUUUUCAUGUUUGCUUCCAUUUCCCAACAAAGUGUGUUCUUCGGCGUUCCUCUUUUCUGUUCCUCUUCACGAUUCCAAGUUCGGGAUUGCCUCGUGAUACAGUUUGGUGAUUUCCGUAAUGUAUGUCCUAUCCACUUCCAAACUCUUUUUCUAAUUUCCUCUUCAGCUCGAAGCUGAUUUAUCCUCUCACACACUAGGCUGUUGCUGGUAGUAUCUGAUCAACGGACAUUGAGUAUCUUGCGUAGACAACUAUUAAUAAAUACUUGUACCUUCUUGAUGAUGAUUGUAGUAGUUCUCCACGUUUCAGCUCCAUACAAUGAGACUGUCCUGACGUUCUGACUUUGAUGUUGGUUGACAAACAGUUGUUUUGAGUUCCAUUCGUUUUUGAAUUGUAGGAAUACGUCUCUUACUUUGCCUUUACUUCUGCAUCCGAUCCGCCCUGUUCAUCGAUGAUGCUUGACAGGUAUGUGAAAGAUUCCACAUCUUCCAUAGUUUCCCCAUCAAAUGUGGUCCGGUUGAGGCCUACUGAUGCAGAGGCUGUUGCCAUACUAGUUUUCUUCAUCUGUAUUUGUUCGUUUGUAUGGGAUAGAAGGGCCAGGUUAUCUCCGAAGUCUAAAUCUUCUAAUUAAUCCCUAGCUGUCUACUGUAUUCCGUGCUUUCCCUCAGAUGUCAAGGUCUUCAUAAUCCAGUAGACUACCAGGAGAAAGAGUAAGGAGGAUAGUAGACAGCCUUGUCUGACAAUAUAUUAAGAUCAUUUAUAUCAGCUGUUUAGAAUGUUAGUCACUCUAGAUUUUAAAAUCAAUUAAGACAUAUAUAUACAUGCCUGUCCUUCAUUGUUUAAAGUAUCCAUUAAUUCUGUAUUUAUCAUAGUAAUGUUCACCUUAAAAUUAGAUAAGUUUUAGUGAAGCUGAGCAACAUAGAAAAAAUAUAUACAUAUUUUAUGCCUCGAUAAGAAUAAUGAGUGGUAAUUUUUGGGAUCCAUUUGUGGACCAAUACUAUACGUAUAUUUUUACCGUAUAUUUGUUAAUUAACUAAACUAUUCAUGUCUCUCUUAUCAUAAGCUUUAUUUUGACCUAUGAACUAUUAUUAUACGAUUUUCUAUUCUUGAAUUAUUCCCUAUCUAUUAGUCACUGCCUCCCUCAUUCACAGUCACAUCUGGCUAAUUCUUGUACAAAUGUUGUUUCAUAUUUUAUUGAUACGUUGUGGUCUCUUUGAUUAGUGUAUAAACUCAGUAUGUUUGAAAUAUAAUGAUUCAUAUUGCAGAGGCUG